AUGCAGCAAAACUUUAGCUCCAACAUUCAACGAAUUUCAACAAGACCAAUUUCCGAUGCCAUUAUGGAGAAGAAGAAAAGUCGAAGGAACAAGCUAUCCUUUGUAUGUCAAACUUGCAGGAAAUCCAAGACCAAAUGUGAUAAAUUAAAACCGUUAUGCACGAGAUGCAUUAAAAAUAAUUUCGUAUGUGUAUACGAUGUUGAGACUCAAAAGAAACCGAAGUCAAGAAGUAAAGAUUCAAGAAUUCAACAACUACAAAGGGAGAUUGAAUACUGGAAAUCUAAAGCUAAGGGUCAUUUGAGCCAGUAUAGUUUAAAGUAUCAUGGGCAACUACCAGCCGUAGGGGCUGUCAUCGAUGAUCCCGUUAUUAACUUUCAUGAUGCUUUCCCUAUGAUGAUCAUGGAGGGUAGGUCUAAACAAAACGUUAGCCCAUUUUCAGCAUUAUCCUACAUGAGUAAAGAUAUAUAUUUGUUUCUCUUUUGGUCCUCCACGUCACCUCGGAUAGGAAUAGAAGCAACGAAAUUGCGUUUUAAGAAUGUAUCGCGAGCUUCGAAAUCACCGACUGUAACAAGAUUUAUCGAGAAACUGCUUCAUGGGAAGACUACAACUGCUUCAAAGUAUACUAUCGAUGAUUUCCGGAAUAUCUUUAAGAAUGACUUCUUUUUUGCUGACUCUUACGAAUCUGAAGAAGAUUAUCCAAAAUUCCUAAAAGACUGUAAAAUACAUUAUGAAUCGCAUUUACCGUGCUUGAAGGUGAUAAGAGCCUAUUUAAGAUUCUUUUACAAAGAAGUUUACCCCCUUGUGCCUUAUUUAGAUGUUUCGCUUUUUGAAGAAAAUAUUGCUGAUAUUCUUAUUCAGGAUGAAUUAGAUGCCCUCCAUGUGCAGUUCAAUCUUGGGACUGUGUCAAUCAGAAAGAAAGUCACUCAUAUAUGUUUACUUGCUUGCCUUCUGGGGGUAACUUACGUCUCUAUGGAAGUGGCUUGCUCUAGAGACCCAACAGUGCUUAAAGAUCCACUUUUAAUUUCACAAAUGAGUACCUUCGAAGCGGACAAGAUGUUUGAGUUAAUGAAGUAUACAAUGGGUGUACUGAACAUGUUCGAUUGGGUUGAUGAAUUUACGGUGUUAGCCCAUUUGUAUCAGCAUGUAUACUCCUUGGUGUCACCGGAACUCAGCAGUACUGAUGUACUUGAUAUAACAGGGAUUUGCCGACCCUCAAUUUUAUGGUGUGCUAAAUGCAUUGGCUUAGGAAAAUCUCCAGGGUAUGAUAAACCGAGGGAUUUUAAGGAUCCAAGAAUAUUGUGCUUGAGACGGAAAUUAUGGUUAGGAAUUUAUGUGAUCUUUAACUACGAGCAGCUAGUCUGUGGAAAUCUCCCACAAUAUUUGAAGUUUAUUCCGCCAGGGAUUUCCCCUGUAAAUGAUAGCCGCUUAGGUGGAAGUGAAGAGUCGACGUUUUUAGACACAAUACAAAGGGCUUAUGUGAACGAUCCCUUGGAAUAUAACAUUCAACUUUCCUUUUACAAAAAACACCGAAGUUACCUCCCCGCAUCGAUUUUAAGCUUGGCAUAUCUGAAUGUUAGCGAUAAGGCGAUCAGAUUGUCAGAGCUGGAAUCUGCAUUGAAGGAAACAAGAAGAAAACUAAAUUAUAAUCUGAUUGUAAAUCAACCCCAGCAAUUUUUCUCUUAUGCUGUAGAUGGUCUGAGAGACAUUCAAGUGAAUACCACCAAGUCUAACAAUGCUAAUAUAUGCCAAUCCCGCAUGAUUUUAUUGCUGACAUGUGUAUUAAACACUUCAUCUCUGUACCUGUAUUUUGAAAACCAACUGAUUCAAAAUAAGGACAGUAAAUGUGCAAAAUAUUACCACAUCUAUUUCAAAGAUAACUUGCACGAUGUUCUAAGUUCCAUCAUAGCUGUUUCUGAAUAUUUAGAUGGCGGCGUGCCUUUACCGGAUGGGUGUCACUUCAUUAUGUACGAUAUCGUGGAAAAUUCCAUGAUUAGAUGUUUCCAAGUACUUUUUGGGGUUAUCCUUCGACUAUACCAUGCAGAGGAAGUAUUCUGUAAGCUGUUGGAAGAUAAGAAUGAUUCAGCUGGCGGUUCUACUGUUACAAAUGCUCCCUCUGACCUGGAGACAAGGCUGGAAUUAUUCAAAAAGAUGAAAGUAAAACUAGAGAAGGCAAUCAAUACGUUGCAUGAAUUAAUGUCAAGGCAAUUGAGAUGGACCCUGUUCUCCAGCUUCAAACGACUCAUUGCAGUCGAUUUAGCAUUGGACAUGAUGAGAGCAGAAAGGGUUAUAGAACUUUUACAUGCUCCAAACCAAGAAAGAUUGGCUCACUGGAGUUUGGAUUCCAAUCUACAACUAACCGAGAAUAUCAAUGUCCUCAUAACUGCUGACGUGGAAUACUUGCAAAAUUUAUACCAAAUUUUCACCGAUCUCAAAUUUGAUAGUUUCAUUCAGAAUCGAAGUAUCAGCUUGGCAGAUGAGAAGUAA